AUGUCACGACUAGGUAUCAAACAGCCUUCGCAAAAGGAUGUCACUGGGACCAUUGUCAUGAUGUAUGACGAUGAGGAUGGGUCACAAAAUCAAGCAGACUCUAUCUUUCUCAAAAGAUCCGAGAAUGGGCUAAUCUUACACCCACAACCUCAGGAUAACCCCAAUGACCCCUUAAAUUGGCCCAAAUGGAAGAGAGAUUUGUGUUUGUUGAUCAUUGGCACGCAGACUUUCUUGGGUGGUGGCCAGACACCAAUUCUAGCGGCCGGAUUUAGUGGAUUGCUGACCGAGUUCAAUACCCCUUUGACCACAUUAUCAUACCUUGUUGGUGGGUUUAUGUUGGCCCUAGGGUUUGGUUCCGUUCUCGCCAGUCCUACGGCUCUUUUAUACGGUAAGAGAUUGGUAUACCUUGCCGGGAUCCUCCUUUUUCUCGUGGGGGCAAUCUGGGCAGGUGCAGCAAAGAGUUUUGGUAGUUUGAUGGGCGCGAGGGUUAUAAUGGGUCUCGGAGCAUCUCCAACUGAAUCUCUCCCUAGUGCAACAAUUGCAGAGAUAUACUUUGCCCAUGAAAGAGCUUAUAGAGUAGGGAUCUAUACGAUGUUAUUACUUGGCGGGAAGAACAUUGUACCUCUUCUUUCCGGGUUAGUAUUUCAAUACCUUGAUAGACACUGGUUGUUUUGGAUCUUGAGUAUGUUCUUAGGAUGUACUCUUAUUUCAACUUUCUUUUUCGUACCUGAAACGUUUUGGGAACGGUCACCAAUUCCUAAUAAACGAUCUCUUGAAGAGACAGAUGCAGCAAGACAAGUUGAAAAGGAACACCCUCAUGAACAUAGACCAAACGAAUGGGCUAGACUGAGGGAACCUUCCACAAUGAACGUUUUGCAACAUAAUGUUGAUACGAAUAGUUUGUCUUCUUCAGAGACUCAUGAACCCUCGGAUACAAAUGUAGUUGGAUUCACCGAGGGUGAACAAACUGAAAUACCCACUAUACAUGACACUACAAAGAAAUCUUUCCGGAGUGAACUUGCUCUUUUUUCUGGAAGACAUACAAUAGACAGCUGGUGGAUGAUUGCACUCCGACCAUUCUUUCUUUAUCUAUACCCUUCUGUAAUUUUUGGAUCUAUAGUUUAUUCAUUAUCAGUGGUUUGGCUUAUUGUUAUUUCAGAAACUAUAUCAGAGAUUUUCCGUGGUGAUGGAUAUGGAUAUUCACAAAGUACAGUUGGACUUUUUUACGUCUCCCCCUUUGUUGGAGGUGUAUGCGGCUCGAUGUUCACUGGGUUAGUCAGUGACCGUAUUAGUAGAUACAUGAUUCUGAAAAAUCAUGGAGUUUAUGAACCAGAGUUCAGACUUGUGAUGCUCGUUGUAUCUACAUUUUUCAUUUCUUUUGGAUUAAUGGGAUUUGGCUGGUCCUCUCAACAAACGGAUUUAUGGAUUGGACCUAUUGUCUUUUUCGGUUGUGUGGGGUUUGGUAGUUCUAUGGCUAGCACCACAGCUAUCACAUUCACUGUGGAUAGUUAUAAAAUGUUUGCUGCCGAGGCCCUUGUUUCAUUCAACUUUAGCAAGAACUUGCUUGGGUUCAUCUUCUCUUUGUUUAAUAAUGCCUUUAUGUCAUCAAGAGGUCCUAGAACCACAUUUGUGGUUUAUGGAUGUGUACAAAUAUUUGUUUCAUUAUUUGCCGUUCCAAUGUAUAUAUACGGGAAGAAGUUCCGGAGUUGGACAGAUGAAAAGGAAAUAUUGAAAAGACUUUAUAAAGAUACAUAA